GUACUGAACACUGAACUGAUCAGUGAUCACGAGCAACUCUUUAAAACUAGGUUAGAAUGGUUGGGUUAUUUUGGUAUUUUAGUACCAAUUUGAACUAGAAUAGUAAAUUUAGGCCAGGGUAGGAAAUAAGAAAUACCGUUCGUAUCGUAGGAUGAUUCUAGAAUUUCUCCUACAGUUAUUGCAAGCGAUGUUUCAUGUAUUUUCAUUUAGUAGAAAGACACUUUCUAAUUCGCUCAACAUAUACAUCAAGUCUAGCAAUGGUAAUACGUUAUCAGUCUCAUUAGAUCCAAAGUGGGACAUAAAGAAUGUGAAGCAAGUAAUAGCUCCUAAGUUAGGCCUUUCACCAGAAGAAGUGAAAAUAAUUUUUGCAGGAAAGGAGUUAGAGGACUCAACAGUUAUUGAGGACUGUGAUCUCGGAGAGCAGAGCAUCCUGCAUGCCGUCAAGUCCCGGCAGGAUCACACGGCGCGAGCUUCCAAGCCACUCAACGAGGCCCUCAAGGAUCUGCAACUGGGGAAGAUCAGUGAAGCAGACGAUGCCAUUGAGGAGAGGGUCAUUGAGCGAAGGCGUGUCCACUUCUACGUAUACUGUGCGACGACGUGCACAGGUGUGCGUGAGGGCAAGCUGCGUGUGAGGUGUUCGGCAUGUAAGAGCGGUGCCUUCACUGUAGACAGUGACCCCCGGUGCUGGUCCGAUGUCUUGGAUCACCGUAAGAUUUCUGGCCACUGUGAACAGGAAGGCUGCCCGGAUGGACCAGUAGGCUGGGCAGAGUUCUACUUCAAAUGCAGUGAACACACCAGCCAGGGGGAACGAGACCAGGCUGUCCCUCUGUACCUCAUCAGAGCCAACCUGCGGGAAGUUCCAUGCCUGGCCUGCACCGAUGUCAGUGAUCCUGUGCUGGUGUUCCCAUGUGAGGCGAGCCAUGUGACCUGCCUUGAUUGUUUCCGUCAGUACUGUGUGUCCAGACUGCAAGAGAGACAGUUUGUUAGUGACGCACAGUUGGGCUACACACUGCCCUGCCCAGCUGGCUGCCCCAACUCUCUCAUUGCUGAGUGUCACCACUUCCGGCUGCUGACAGACCAGCAGUACGCCCAGUACCAGAGGUUUGGAGCUGAGGAAUAUGUCCUGAAGGCAGGAGGCGUGCUGUGUCCCCAGCCUGGUUGUGGAGCUGGUAUCUUGGCUGACCCUGACUGUACCAGGAUAGUAUGCCAAAACGGCUGUGGGUUUGUAUUCUGCCGGCUUUGUCUACAAGGCUACCACAUCGGCGAAUGUCAAACGAGGGAACAGAUUGUAGCUUCUGGCAGCUCCAGUUAUUCUGUGGACCCUAACAGGGCUGCUACUGCUCGGUGGGAUGAGGCCAGCAGAGUGACUAUCCGAGUGAUGACUAAACCCUGUCCCAAGUGUCGGACCGCCACAGAACGUGAUGGGGGCUGCAUGCACAUGGUGUGUACCAGGUGUAACUUCCACUGGUGUUGGGUGUGCCAGACAGAAUGGACCAGGGAUUGUAUGGGUGCUCACUGGUUUGGCUAAACUGCUGGCUAGCCAACCACUACCUAAUGUGCCUUGUACAAAUUAUUUUAGAAUUAUCCAGUAGGGUAUAUUGUAAACUUGCCAUAUGUUAGUGUUAUUUAUUACAAGAUUUUGUAGUUUUUUCUAGAAACAUUCAUUUUAUUUUAUUUCUAAUCAAAAUUUUUUAUUUCUAAUCAAAAUAAUACCUGGGUUCUAAUCAAAGCUCUCAGGUAUCAAAUGAUAGUUUGUAACCUUUUCCCUCAAAUUUCCCGAACCUUGGUUUUCUCUUGGACUCUGAACUCCACGGCUGUAUAAAACACUUUUUUGAAUUUGUCUCAUUUUGCUGUAUGUUUUGCUUUAAAAUUCUACUUAGGCAUUAUAAUACUAAGUAUAAAUUACUGGGUAAACAAAAAAGAAAAGAAAACAAUUAUUGUUAUUGUUAUUGACGUUGUUAACUUAUACAAAAAAAUUUUUAAACACGUACAGAAAUAUCAGCAAAACCAUAAAAAGCUAGUUUAUCUGAAAGGAUGCUGUGUGCUAUUGUGUUAAAAACUUUAGCCAUAUCAAUAGAACAAAACCAGGAUCAUAUCUGCUUUGCUGUUAAAGUCAGGCAGAGGACAGCAUAAACAGGGGAAUAGAAAUCAAGUUGUUUCCAACUGCAAUUUAGUUUACUCUGUAGGGCUUACAAUUUAAUGUUUACACUGAAUUGUGAUAGUGACAGACUGAAAAAGAAGAAGGCCAAUGUAACAUUUUUAUUCUGAAAUCUUUAUAUUAGUACAUAAUAUAUAUAUAUAUAUAUAUAUAUAUUGCAUUUCUAGUCACAUAUAUCAUGUAGAAAAGGUGAUAUCUCAUAUGCCUGCUUAUGUAGUACAAAAGGAAGGUAUAGACUAACUAACUUUGGGGGUUAAUUAAAGCAAUUGCGUUUCGAAUAUAGUUAUAUUUUCCGUUCUUAUACAGAGUUCUACAGUAAUAGUAGGUAAUAAACGGAUCACUUUAUACAUAGCCUACUUGAAAAAAAUACCAAGAAAUUUCAAAUUCACUUUGCAUUACUUGAAAAACCUAAUAACACUGUGUAAAAUUUCACUGAAAUGAAUGAAAUAUUAAAUUGUAUAAAAAUGAUUUACAAGUAAGUGUAGUAUUUUAUAGAGCAAAGCUCACUGGCCAAUAAACUUUGUAGUUAGUUACGGCUCUAGCUGACUGUGGGUACACCAGUAAUGUACCAAAAAUAGUAGAAAACAAUGUAAUCAGAAAUAGUGUUUUGUCAUCAUUAUUAUGUUACAAUACAAGUAAAGGUUUGUUCUCAUUUUGUAACAAACUAUUUUAUGUGGACUGUAAAAGUGAACAGUGGCGUUUUACACAGAUAUUCGUUUCCAUAUAUAUUAUUGCUUUGGAAAGAUAUAGUAAAGUAAUAACUUCAAUAUAAUUCUGUAGAAUUUUAUUAAGUCAAUGUAAGUCUGAUGAAUGUGAUAUGUACAUAAUAUCAUUAGUUGUAUGUUUUUAAUAGUGUAAAUACUAAUAAUAUGUAGAAGUAAAAUUUUUUAAAGAUUACAA